CGCUAGGCACUGGGAGAAGGCCGAGGGUACGCGCCAGCGACACACUAGCGCAGCCCGAGCAGCCGGUUCUCUUCUGCUGACUCGCCACACGUGCCGCAGCACCAUGGACGCCCCGAGGCAAGUGGUCAAUUUCGGGCCCGGACCCGCCAAGCUGCCGCGCUCGGUACUGUUAGAGAUACAAAAAGAAUUAUUAGACUACAAAGGCAUUGGGAUUAGCGUUCUUGAAAUGAGCCACAGGUCAGCAGAUUUCGCUAAGAUCCUUAACAACACAGAGAAUCUUGUGCGGGAAUUGCUAGCUGUUCCAGACAACUACAAGGUGAUUUUUGUGCAAGGAGGUGGGUCUGGCCAGUUCAGCGCUGUCCCCUUAAACCUAAUUGGACUGAAAGCAGGCAGGUGUGCCGACUACGUGGUGACAGGAGCUUGGUCAGCUAAAGCUGCAGAAGAAGCCAAAAAGUUUGGGACUGUGAACAUCGUCCACCCUAAACUUGGGAGUUACACAAAAAUCGUAGACCCAAGCACCUGGACCCUCAACCCGGAAGCCUCUUACGUGUAUUACUGCGCCAACGAGACUGUGCAUGGCGUGGAGUUUGACUUUGUCCCCGACGUCAAGGGAGCUGUGCUGGUCUGCGACAUGUCCUCAAACUUCCUAUCUAGGCCAGUGGACGUUUCCAAGUUUGGGGUGAUUUUUGCUGGUGCGCAGAAGAAUGUUGGCUCUGCGGGGGUCACGGUGGUGAUCAUCCGCGAUGACCUGCUGGGGUUCGCCCUCAGGGAGUGCCCCUCGGUCCUGGAGUACAAAGUGCAGGCCGGAAACAACUCCUUGUACAACACUCCUCCCUGCUUCAGCAUCUAUGUCAUGGGCUUGGUCCUGGAGUGGAUUAAGAACAACGGUGGUGCAGCAGCCAUGGAGAAGCUCAGCUCCAUCAAAUCGCGGAUGAUUUAUGAUAUCAUUGAUAAUUCUGAAGGAUUUUAUGUGUGUCCAGUGGAGCCCCAGAAUAGAAGCAAGAUGAAUAUUCCAUUCCGCAUUGGCAACGCCAAAGGAGAUGAUGCUUUAGAAAAAAGAUUUCUCGAUAAAUCCCUUGAGCUCAAUAUGAUCUCCUUGAAAGGGCACAGGUCUGUGGGAGGCAUCCGGGCCUCUCUGUACAAUGCCGUCACGAUCGAAGAUGCUCAGGAGCUGGCAGCCUUCAUGAAGAAGUUUUUGGAGAUGCAUCAGCUGUGAACACAUCCUAACCAAUCUAUAUUCUACCCUUGAACAAUGUCCCACGUUUAAAGUAACUUAAUGGCUUCAAAGAUUUUACCAUGGUAGUUUUCUCAAAGGAACAUGCUUAUUAUAGAUUCUUCCCUCCCUACCCCUCCGCCAAAAAACCCCCCACAAAACAGCGCAAAAUGCACAGUUCUUCAAAGCUGGUGGGACAUAACAGACACCUUAAUUUUGACUUGAAAUGAAAGCAUUUAAAAAAUCUUUCUUUAGCUUUUCUAACAAUCCCACUUUUAUGUUGUCCUUGCUGCUACGUUUUCUAGCUAGAUCUUAGUAUUCAGACUUGCCUGUGGACUUACUUACACAAAGUGCAGUUAAUGUUCCUGGAGACACACGAACACGUAGCAUUGAGGGCGGGUGGGGUCUGCUAGGUGCUGAAUUCUGAUCCUUCCCAAAAUGGCAGCUGUAGGGGCUCCUGGGUUCCACAGGGAUUAAAUCGGGUCAACCUUGACCAUGGGUGAGUGUUCAGGAGUUCUAGGCUAAAGGGCCAAUUGGAGAUCUUAAUACUGUUACUCUCGUAAAGAGAUAAAAGUGACAUACCAAUACGUUUAUAUAGCAAAGUCUGUUUUUAAUACCAAAUAGUUUAUAUCUCUAUGCAUUUAUAUUUCUAAUAAUGUGGUUCUUAGUGAUCUAUGUAGAGUCUUUGGGAAUUUGUUAAGAGUCCUUGACAUUCUGCAUUGUUUUUUCAACAGUUGUUUCUUCUCCCCUCCCUCCUACCUUUGGAAGCUGCUUCACAAGAUUUAGAAGCUCCCCGAUUCACUUGUAUUUAGGUGGAAGAGAAGGUUGGUUGGUUAUUUUUUUCAGUUAUGCCGUGAAACUAAAAAAAAUCUUAAACUCCCUUAGCGUUUGUUCACUUGACUAUUCUCGUUAAUUGUGUUUGACCAGAGUGAUGCCGUGAGUUCUGGAAGAUCCUUGCUGGAGAGUCUUGCCCCUGUUGUUUAUCCAUUGUCAGUAUUUGAUGUUGAGUACGUGACAGAUAUUAAAGUCCUAAAACACCUAAA